CUAAUUGAGAUUCUGAGUGGAGUUAGAUACAUAAACACACCGAGUGUUUUCUGUCAAAAUUACAUAUACGCUAUCAGCAGAUGUAGCUAAACUUCAGUUUCAUUUGAACGUUGGACGAUGAAUAUACAGGAAAUAAUUUAACAUGUUCACACUUAGAUUUACCCUGAUAUUCUUUAUUUACUCAUUUUUUGUUAGAACUGCAGUAAUGCAGAUUGUAGAUCAAAUACUUGAAGAAGACGUGACUGACUUAAAUAGUUCAUUCUGCCAACAAAAAUGGUCAUGUAAAGAAUCGGAUAUUGACGAUAGGAAUUGUAAUUGUGACUCUGAAUGCACUGCAUAUAAUGAUUGUUGUACUGAUGUCGCUACCAACCAGACCAUUCAAACUUUCAUACCAAAUUUUAGUUGUGAAUAUAUUCCAGAGAUUGAUGAGGACUCUUACGUAUUUGUGGUGCAGAAAUGUCCACCAGGUACAAGGAAGGAACUAAAUAAAGAGUGCGAAACAUUUGAAAAUGUACAAAUUCCAGUGAGUGGUAAAACUACUGGUUAUAUGUAUAGGAACAUGUAUUGUGCAGCCUGUCACGGAGAAGACUUCUUGUCCUGGCAAACAGGGUUUUCCUGUCAUUGGCCUCACAGGGGAGACGUUAAUAAAACACUUGAAAGUAUGCAAAACGACGAACAUUGUAGAAAGCGUCUUCAUCCACCAACACGGAGCGCUGAUUCAAGAAACAAAUCUAGGCGAUGUUUCCCUAUAACUGAUACUUGUUUAUCAAUACAGAGUGUAAGCAGAUGUCAAGAUGGACCAACUGAAGUAGUUUUUAAUGAUCAUGUUUACAAAAAUAAAGACUGUGCCCUUUGCAACAAUGUAAGUAGUGAUCAACUAGUCUGCAGUGCUCGUGCUUGGAAGUUAAGACCAUCUGGAGAGAAAAGGAAAAUAACUAGUUACAGUUACAGACUUCUGUUUGAUUAUCAUACCAAUAUGGCUACUGGUACCUAUGUAAAGCGUCGUCGAACACAGAAACCAGAAAGAAAUAGUAAAAUCUGUCCAAAAUUUGAAUUGUAUGAUCUCUACACCGAUGUCUGUAGAAAAGUUAACUGCUUAAUUCCUCUUGUUUAUGAAAAUGGAAAAUGUGUAUAUAGACCGACAAUUUCAAGUAAAGACAGAAAAGAAAAAUUUCCCCGGGGCAAAGUUCGGAGUGAUUGUGUUUAUUUUCAGUUGAAUGAUACGGAAUAUGAAAUUAUAAACAAUAAUAACAUAUUUAUAUAUACUAUAAACAAAACAUUAACUAAUGACUCCUUCUAUGAAGAUAGCAAUCAUGCAUAUGUUUGCCGUGAUGUACUUAAUGAAUUGUUUUCUGGGGAUUAUUUAGUCCGAAUAUACCGUGAAGCGGAGAGUAUUUUAUCCCUUGUUGGAUCGGUGUUAUCCAUCAUUGCUCUUACUAUAACACUCUGUCUUUAUUUGCGGUUUCCAAAGCUUCAGAACACACCAGGAAAAAGUUUAAUCUGUUUGAUGGUGUCUCUUAUUGUUGCACAGUUACUAUUCUUACUCGCCAACACAGUGGAAGAUCAUAGACACGUUUGUAUUGGGUUUGCAAUAACUAUACACUAUACUUUCCUAACGUCUGUAUUUUGGAUGAACUGUAUGUCAUUUGAUAUUUUCAUCACAUUUUCGAAAGGAUUUGUUAAAUCGGAAGAGGAUAAGAGUAACAAGAGAUUUGUGUGGUAUUCAGUAUACGCAUGGGUUAUCCCAAUGUUCAUUGUAGUAUCGGGAGUGUGCUUAGAUGCAUUUACUGCCAGUGCCUAUAGUCCGCAUUACGGACAAGUCGUUUGUUGGAUUGGAAACAAACAGGCAUUGCUGGUAUACUUUCUUGUACCUACUGGAUUAAUAGUACUCACUAAUUUGUUUUUCUAUAUUUUCACCGUAAGGUCUAUUUUUGUUUCUAGUCGAAAAACAAAUAAGAUUUUAAGACGAAAAAAGGCAUGUAAACUUCUUGUCUAUGUAAAAUUAUCUAUUGUAAUGGGGCUUACAUGGGUUUUUGCUUACGUCGCUUCGUUUUCAAACGAAACAGUUUUUUGGUAUUUAUUUAUUUGUUUUGGUUCUUGGCAGGGUGUCUUCAUUUUUAUUUCGUUUGUUUGCUUUGGGAAGGUACGAAGUCAUGUCAUUGAUAAUGCAAGAGUUGUGUCAUCCUACCUCAGAAGUCGCACUGCAACCUCGGUUCUGACAGAUUCAUCAAAAACUUAGUUUUCGACAUCAAUUAAUUUUCAGUUGAGUUUUUAUUUCAGUUAGAUGUCCCCUAUAAAAUUUCUAUUUUUCUUUAUUGUCAAGGAAAAUGUAAUCAUUGUAGAUGACAUGCCUUAACUACUGAGAACUGAUUUUUGUCUAUUUGACCCUUUGCCGCUUCGAUCGCGAAUUGAAAGUUUGACUUUUGAAAUACAAACGUUUCUAUUGUAUGAUAUUAAUCAAUGACAUUCAGGAUACUUUCAGGAUUUUGAAAUAUAAUACAACUUGUCUUUAAUCCGUGUUGUGUAGCCAACUGAAAAUAAAGUGGGAUUCGUCAUCAACUAUAGAGAAAAAAAAUCAUUAACUCUCUCAAAUUCUUUGGAUGUUUACCCUUGGUUUUUUUUUGUAUGCUGUGCGCAAGUUCCCUUUUUACAUGUUACACUUCUUACAUGAAAGAUGCUUAGUGUAUUUGAAGAAUGCAUCAUAGUUAUAGUCGAUGUUGUAAAUAAAUUUAAUUUGAAAUGACA